GUGGGAGGGUGGGUCAAUGGCGGCAAAGGGACGCCGGGAAGCUCGCAAGCUUGCAGUACCGUUUCGACCACCGACGUAGUGGAUGCGUCGCGACGACCUACCGCGUGGCACAACCUUAUACAAGGCAUAAGCCGCUAUUAACAACUUCUGGGAAAUUUUGGGAAACGACAAAGAGAAGAUUAUACUGCAAAAUUACAACCGUUACGAGCUUUUGAUAUACUUCCGCGCUACGACUUUGGGGAAUUGUACGAGGAUAAGCAGCGGCCAUUAUUCCUGGCUUUUGCUCCAUUUCCCAUAUUUUCGCCGAAAGAAAAUUUUCGUCAUCAAGUUGAUUCGCACGAGUUUGGAACGCGGACCGUGUAAAUCGUCCCGAAGAAACGAAACUCCAAAAAUCAUACUCAGAACGUCAUACGUCAUUUGUGAACUUUAAUCGUACGUGAUACCGAGAUAUCAAAAACGAAAUGUAAAUCAGCGAAGUGGAAAAAGAAGAAGAAAAAAAAGAAGAAGAAGAAAAAGAAGAGGACUUCAUCGCUGAGGAUACUUCACGGAUUAGUAGACGUACUUUACGAGGCGCAUUAGUAGGCUAAUCGAGACACCUGAAGCGGCGGCAGCAGCAAAAUGAGAAGACAGUCAUACUGUACUAGUAUGAGCAGUGGUAGUGGCCCUAGCGAGCCAUUAAUAGUCGUGGAGGAAAGUCUACUUGGCGAAGAAGAGGCUGAUCUUCGUAGAAACGAAUCUCCGCCUCGUUGUCUGGAUCCCGAUUCACCCUCUCUGAACCCUUAUCUGUUAUCACCAUGGCGAGAAACGAGGAAGCAUUCAUUGCCGACGCCCCAAUGUACUUCUGGAAUAACUGCUUCGCAGGUUCGGCGCCUGAGUGAAAGGGGUGGAGAAGGAUCUGGACCGUCGCCAAAGGAAGCAGCAUUCCUCGCUACUCUAUCUCAGGCACCAGCCCCUCAACCUGGUGGACGUCGACAUUCUGUCGUCACCAUAUCGAGGGUGCCUCCAACAUUGUUUGGAAGAAAUCGAAGAGAGUCCAUAGCAGCGUUUCCAAUGGGUGCUGCGAGAAUUUUACCGAGUCGUCGUGACUCUGCCUCUGGUAUAAGCGGACCCCCGAGUAACAGUGGGAGCACACACAAUCUCCAGCUAGACAUAAUGGACGAUAUCGCGGAGAUCAAAGCUGCGAGAAAGGUUCGUUUGAAGAUGUGGAAGACCUCCUCCAAGGAGCGUAUUUGCGAGGUGCAACCCCUCGAGGGCAAUUCCUCGACCCAGAGGUACACGCAAUGUCAGCAGCGUCGAUUCUCCGACGUCUCCUUCAUCUCUGAGACUGUACCUUCGGGUUCUAUUCGAAGACGGGCAUCAGAAAUGCCUAAGAUACCGAGCACAACCAAGCAGGCUACUUCACCGGCUGCUGGAAUUGUUUGCUCCAACACCGAUCUCAUCUCAAUACUUAGUUCUCUAACUUCUUCCGCAACGGAAAUCAAUCGUUGUGGGGAUGAGAGUACGUCCCGAGAUGAUAGCGCCAAACCAGGCUCGAGCAAGUCGAGCGAACAAAAACGAAGCCGCUUGAAGAGUUUCCGUUCGAACAGCUUCGACGUAUCUAUACUGCACGGUACCGGAAACAAGCAACCCAGCAGCAAUGCGAAGUCAUCCACGGCGCCUUCUAGCUGGUUCGUUAAGCGACAUCAGCCAAUGUCUAAGAAGCAAAAGAGCGAGGACUGCGCCCCAACUGCGGUGACGUUCAAGGAUGAGAGAUCUAAAGUGAUCAAAGUUGUAGAUUCUUUGACAAAACCGAUUUUGGCGAAAACUACCCCUAUCAAUGAAUCGACGAGGCAUAAGGUCGUUUGGGAUGACACCAGCGGUACCAAAGUUGACGCUCAGGUCCUUGGUACCGCUAUAGAAGAGUUUCUAACGGCACAGAGAGGAAAUGAUACUGACGCGUCGACAAGUUCUACUAGCAAACAGGGUGUAUCACCUAGUAAACCAAAAUCGAGUCCCAGUAAGAUGGCUAGUUGGUUCACAGGAGGUAAUAAAGAGGAGGAACAGACGGAAUCCUGUGAACAAUCCAUGUGUUCCUCUCUUAAGGAUCUAUUUGUGAAGUAAAGCACAAAGAAUAAGUGAGCACGUUUAUGUGCUAUGUAAUUGUCCUUCCAAAGUCAGAAUUGACUGGAACCGAUCAUGAGGUCGGUGUCGAAGAUCUUGAUUUAAUUGAGCUAAUCACGUCAGGCGAAUAUAAGAACCUGAAACGGCUUAAAUAUCAGAAAUUAAUGAUCCAGACGGAGUAGAUGUAUCUGGUCCAUGUAGAAUUUUUAAAUGAAGUAGAUGGAUUCGCGGAACGAACUGAAAUUCUUAACAAGAUGCUUACAAUAGAGAUUGGUUUUUGCUAAAGUCGAGAAAUUAAUACAGUUGAAUUUGAAAUUAGUUGAGCUAAUAUUUUUAUUCUAUUUAAUCUUUACGUCAUCCACCCUUAUUAUUUUAUGUCAUUCCAUAAGACUUGUAUCUUCUUUUUUUUUGACCUCGAAAGCUCCUGAUUAACGACAGAAAUUGACGAGAUGGCACGAGAAGUGGAUCAAAAUGAAGGUUAAAGAGGAACGACGUUGCUGCUAAGUGUAGCCCAUGAAUAGCAAUUAUUAUUCGUGAAACGUAUUAAAGGUUUCAUUGCAAAAUCGAAUAAAAAAGCAGCAAGAAAAAAAAAAGAUAAAACUAUGAAACUAGAGAAUAACAGAACAGACAGGAAGCUACGGAAAUAAAAUAAAAUAUAUCGAAGAUAAUUAACGAUAAAUGAACCGAUUUACGGUCGACUUUAAAUUUGACCGAGAUGUUUUCCAUUAUUUGAGUAUAAAACAUUAAUCUCCAAGAUUUUAUGAGGACGAUAUUGGUACGUCGACGUAAAUGAAAAAUUUUUCCAAAAGGCAAAAUACAAAUUUGCAAUAAAUAUCUCAUGAGAGCUGGGAUCUAUUUUAAAAACAUGCUUCUCUUGUUAAUUAAUCAAACUUGUUAAUUAAUCAAGAGCCAAAAAUGUUAAGAUCGAAAUUUACUUUCAAAAACCCGUCAUUCGGAUCUUAAUAAAACUAAUCUUAAUUAUAUUCAGCUGAAUCGAUAUCCUAACCUGUGUAUUUAAUUUAUAGAGGGUUCGGACCUUCUCUCCUAUCUUUUGGUAAUUCGCUCUUUUCUUUAUAUUCGCUGUUCAGAAUUUACAGUUAAUAGAAAGGAAAAACGAGAUUAAAUCAUUUAAGUUGAAUCAUUGAACUUACACGAUAAGGAAUGAUUCACUAUAUUUUUCUAUUCUUAAGGAAACAUAUCUCAUUGAAUUUGACCAUUCAAACGUAUUUAUAUAUGUAUGUCCGUGUGCGUGUAUCAUAGAAACAUUUUUUUGUACGCGUUGCGAUUACCUCGGACAGAAAGAAUAUUGAAAAUUACGAAAUGAAAAAUGAAGAUCUUUCGGAAUAGAGCGUAAACACGUAUUUGCUGGAUCUACAAAAAUGACUUUUGUUUUCAGCAUGAAUAUAAGUCAAAUAACAAUAAUAAUAGCUAUCUUUGCAGGUCAAAGAUACAGGAUAAAAGGGAUGACUUAUUGAAAAAAAAUAAUUUAAGAAUUGCAUAAAUGUUAUAAGUUAUAAUAGUAUAUUCUUACUACUAAGGUUAUCUGAUGUGACUUAUAUUUCAAUAAUUUUACGUAGAGUAAUAAAAUACAUUUACCCGAGCGACUGGAAUAUUACAGAGAAAAAGAACUCAUUAUAAACCCUACUAAAAAUCAUCUUAUACGUACAUAUACAUAUAUAAUAUUCUUCGGGUAUGUAUACAUAUAUAUGUGUUACUUUCAAGGGCAAUUAAUAAACCAAGAAAAUCUUCCAGACCCACUUGGGAAGAGCAUAAAGCCGAUAAGAAAUAAGUGAUUUAAUCGACGUGUCUUUUUCGCUGACUAUAUCCCUAAAUCAUAUUUAUAAAUUAUAUUAUAACGAAAGAAACUUAAGGACCAUAUUAUAUAAAUGUAUAGACAAUCGUCAGAAGGAAUAGUAAUUGUCAAGAGAACUGUAUAAUCAUAAUAUUCGAAAGUUUAGUUAGAUAUUUAGUUAAGAUAAAUAGACUGUAGGUAAUUUGUAUAGAAAUAGGUAUAGUGAAAGAAAAAUAGUCCUACCAUCAUACAAGAAAAUGUACAUAGACUUGACAUAAUAUUGUAUGUCCUUUAAAUGUUCCUUAUCGUGUAUAAAUAAUUAAAUGAUAAUUCUAAAAAUGUUUUUAUGUCAGUAUAACGCAAUAACGAAUAAUACAAUGUGUCCCGUUAUUUUAAUGAGACAAUAACUUAUCAUUGUCAAAAAAUAAGUAUGACUAAGCCUCAAAUGUUUGUAAUUAAUUGAAACUGAAAUUCGCAUCCUGAGCUCCGUAAUUACAUACUUUUAUUUUAAUCAGGAUUAAACGCAAUGUUUUUUUUCAAGAAUUGUCAUUCCGUAGUUAAGAAAAAUGUCUCAUUAAAUUUUCGAUCAGGAGUUAGGUACAUAAGUUUUGGAUAAUACCAAUUGAUGUAUUAUUGGAUUUGAAGAUGUAAAGUAUCAUAAUGAUAACGUAUCUUGAUAUUUCAAAGCUUCUUUGUAGUUGUUGUAUUACAAAAAUUUGCUGUUUUGGAUUUACAUCGCCGUACACUAAAUUAA